AUGAAAUAUGCUAAUCAAGACAGGGUCCAGUUGGUGGGCCUGUUUAUUCUGGGAUUCUCAGUGUAUGUUUCCCAAGAACCGGAAGCUCAGGAUAUUAUCAUUGCCACUGGACACUACCACGCCGUACAAGUGAUCCUUUACGUGCUGAUGGGUAUCGGCGGAAUCACAUUAAUCACCGCAUUGUUUGGUUGUUGCGGAGCCUAUCAUGAAUCUCAAUGCCUAUUGGGAGCUUAUUUUGCUAUUCUGAUCGUGAUAUUUACCGCCCAGGUCACCGGAGCCACUUUGGGCUACGUGUUCCGGGAAGAACUACUCAAUUACGUAGACGAACGAAUGUUACAAGGUGUGGAAGAGCAUUCCACACUACGGGAUCAACGGGAACGACCGACCACAUUUAUGGAGAGUAUUCAACGUAUGUUGAAAUGCUGCGGUUUCAAUGGUCCGACCGAUUACAAAUAUGCCAUCCCGGUGGCCUGUUGUGAUCGGCACGUGAGCAAUUGUGACAGUUGGAAAAUUGAGCUAAGCGAAGUAUACAAAGAAGUAAGUUCAGGCGCAGAUCUUCUUCCUCCUUCGCCACGGCUUCCACCACCACCAUCAGAUUAG